AUGCCUGUGCAACCCGCAAAGUUUAUCCAGUCGACGUUUCGAAACGGAGUCGGCAGUUUCGUUCAGCCUUGCACUAAGAUCGUGCUCCGCUACUGCAACUGGGGAGGUUCUUCCCGUGGUAUGCGCAAACUCCUCAACGAAAACAUCCGUCAAAUAGCCGCCGAGAAUCCAGAGAUCGAGGUUGUUGUUCAGAAGAAGAGCGGUCACCCGAUCGUCCAAGGCUUUUACGCUAAUGGAAACAUCAAAAGCGUGUGUGUUCGCAACUACGAACCCAGCAAGAUUUUAGAAAAGAUCAGCGUUGUACGCAACUCUUCAGGCGAGAAGCUGCGGAAAUACAACCGCGCAGUCGAGUCGAAGAACGAGUCCGUUCGUGGCAUUUGGUCGCCGUUCCACGUUGAUGCGGAACACCGCUAUCGUAUUUAA